UAAUGGGUAGCUGUUUAAUAUAUUAGUUGUUUAACUUUAAACAAAAAAUACAUAUAUAUAGGUAUACAUCGAGUGUUGGUUUGUAUUUGAAAUUGUCGGCGGGAAGGCUUUGAGUGUUUUUUCUCCCCUCCACGUAGCGAGAUGUCGUUCCGUACGGUUUCCAGCUGAGUCCCGUUCGGCCAUUUCUCAAUUCUCAGUUUUGAGUCGAGUGCGUAUCUGUGAGUGCGCGAGGCGGUGAUCCGUGAACGGUCAAACGGGUUGGCAAUCGAACCAGGCGAGGUCUGUGAGCCGUUUGUCGUUUUUCAAAGGUGGUAAAGGUGUUAAAAGUCAGUUUGUCCGGAUGCCGCCGCGUUUCUAGCCGAAGGGGGUUUCCAGCGUCCCGCGACAAUCCCGAGGGAGGCCCGCGUCCAGUUGUGCUCGCCCGCGAGACCGUCUCCGCCAUCCGCCACCCUCCCAGACGGACAGAGGACCGGGACACGGACGAAGAGUGCAACGAACGGGGCGACGGAUGGACGCCGGCGAGGGGCAGUGCGACUGCGGCAAUGGGUGUGGUUGCGACUCGGGCAGCAUCACGAUAUCCGUGACCCCGACGACCGGCGGCCAGUUCGAGCUGGCCGUCACGAGGGCCGAUUCAAUCGAAAGCUUGAAAAAGCUCAUAUCGAAAAGGCUGAAAGUGCCCAAGGAAAGGAUCUGCCUCCUGCACAGGGAGAGGCAAUUAAGAGAGGGGACCAUACAAGAAAAUCAGCUCAUCAACGGUAGCCGGUUGACUCUCUUGCCCAGUGUUGAAACCGGUCUGUUGGCUCAGCGUCCCGAGCAGAGUGUUAUGCAAGCGUUGGAAAGUCUUAAUGACUCACAGGUGAACGAUUUCCUUUCUGGUAAGGCACCGUUGAACUUAACGAUGCGCCUCGGUGACCACAUGAUGCUCAUACAGCUGCAACUGUCAACGGUGGCACCUUCGGGGAGCGCGGGCGGUAAGAAGAGGCGCGUGGCCGGAUUCCCAGGGAUGUCAAGCUUGAAACCACCUCCUCAACCUCCUCCGCCUCAGCCACAGGCGGCCACCUCGCAAGCGCAGACGCAGACUCAAAAUGUCGCUACAAAUACUGACUGUGCGUGCGACGUCAAACCCGUCCUAGACACGAAAGCGCUGGCCGAAGCGUCUCGCAACCUGACGCAGACGCUUAAACAGCUUUCUUCGGAAGUGCUCACGUCGAAGAGCGACUCUGUCGAAGAAUUAAACAACGCCAAAAGGAGGCAGGGUGCCAUAAUAGAAAGCAUGCACCACCAUGGCAAAGGCGUCUAUUCAGGAACGUUUUCAGGCACUCUGAACCCGGCACUCCAGGACAGGUUUGGAAGGCCGAAAAGGGACAUUUCGACCAUCAUACACAUCCUUAACGAUCUCCUAUGUGCAACGCCGCAAUACCGAGCGGCGGCGCAAGAAGCAGCCAAGCCCCAACCGCAAGCCGCUUCUAGCUCUUCCCAAAGCUGCAGUUCGGAGAGUUCGACCAGUGCCGACCGAGCAGCCGAGAGCGACGAGAAUAGGGCAACGCGAGGUAAAAUGGAACGCCUCCGUCUCGUCCUGGGCCAGAGGAGAGAGCGUAGGAGGGCGAUGCGUUCGCAGCCGUACCCAACGGGGCACGACCACGUGACGGCAUAACACGUAAUAAAUUGCGACUUGACCAGGGAGGCCGUCUUCGCCGAGUCGCACCGCCAGACCUGAAUGGAAACGAGUAAAGUAAAAAAAAAAUUACAUUUAAAAAACUAGCAGAAGAUUAAGAAGAAUAUGGAAUCUUCCCCUUAAAACCUCAUGUUAUAAUGGAUUAAAAAAAAAAAAAAAAACUAUAUAGAUGAUUUGAUUUAAAUAUAUAUAUAAAAA